GCUGCCGGAGUAUUGGGAGAGAAAACCAUGAAAGCCGCCGCCUCCGCCUCGUGCUCUUUGGCCCUGGGACUCCUGCUGGUCGCAGCCGCUCAGCCCUCGAACAACCGGCAAACGCAAAGACCGAGGUCUUUUAAAUGUGGUGGAAUUCUAACUGGAGCAUCGGGGUUUAUUGGGAGUGAAGGAUUCCCAGGAGUCUACCCUCCAAACAGCAAAUGUACUUGGAAAAUCACAGUUCCUGAAGGGAAAGUGGUUGUUCUUUCUUUUAGAUUCAUAGAUUUGGAAAGUGAUAACUUAUGCCGAUACGAUUUUGUGGAUGUGUACAAUGGCCAUGCAAACGGACAGCGUCUUGGCAGGUUCUGUGGCACUUUCAGACCUGGUGCUCUUGUGGCCAACAGCAAUAAGAUGUUGGUGCAAAUGAUUUCGGAUGCCAAUACAGCUGGAAAUGGCUUUGUUGCAAAGUUUUCUGCAGCAGAACCACAUGAAAGAGGAGAUCAGUACUGUGGUGGACGACUAGACAAGCCUUCUGGAUCCUUUAAAACUCCUAACUGGCCUGAUCGAGAUUACCCAGCAGGAGUGACCUGUUCAUGGCACAUUGUAGCUCCAAAAAACCAGCUAAUAGAGAUAAAGUUUGAAAAAUUUGAUGUGGAAAGAGAUAACUACUGCAGAUAUGACUAUGUGGCCGUGUUUAAUGGUGGUGAGAUAAAUGAUGCUAGGAGAAUUGGUAAAUACUGUGGAGACAGUCCACCAGCGCCUAUUACAUCGGAGAGGAAUGAGUUGCUUGUUCAAUUCUUAUCUGAUUUAAGUUUAACUGCUGAUGGCUUUAUUGGUCACUACAAAUUCAGACCUAAAAGAUUACCCACAACCACAUCACCAACCACCACAAGAACUCUCCCUGCCACCACAACUUUGAAGCCUACAGUUGCCCUCUGCCAGCAAAAAUGCAAAAGGAGUGGAACUCUUGAGAGCAAUUACUGUUCAAGUAACUUUGUAAUAACUGGAUCUGUUAUCACAACAAACACUAGAGGUGGAAGCUUGCAUGCAACAAUAUCAAUUAUCAAUGUAUACAAAGAAGGAAACUUAGCAAUCCAGCAAGCAGGCAAAAAUAUGAGUGCCAAGAUUGUUGUUGUCUGUAAACAGUGCCCUCUUAUCAGAAGAGGUCUAAAUUAUGUAAUCAUGGGCCAGGUAGAAGAAGAUGGCAGAGGUAAAAUCCUGCCUAGCAGUUUUACUAUGAGUUUCAAGACAAAAAAUCAAAAGAUCCUGAACGUCUUGAAAAACAAACAAUGUUGAAAUGUGAAUUUUUGCAGCUGUGCCCUUUCAUCUAUCCUCUAAAAUCUCUUUAUACAAAUGAAUGGGGGGAAUUGUCCUUUGUGAGAAAGUGGUGUACUUUCUGGAUUUGUUCAACUAUGUCAUUCAUAUUGACUGAUGUUGCAAAUAUCAAAAGAAAAAUAACCAUGAAUGUCUAUAUUUCCAAACUUUCCGCAGCACCAGCCAUCCUGAAACAUACCAAGGGUUGGAUCUAGGAUCUGCCCUCCAUUAAUGGAAGUCCUGUGCCCAAUUUUGGGGUUCUCCACAUCACAGCUU